UGACGCCAUCGGCGCGCGCGGCGGCGGCGGAGGCCCCCGCGCACGUGUCUCCAAGGCGACGGCGGCGGCCAUGAGGCGGCCGAACCUGCUGAUCACCGGCACUCCGGGAGUCGGGAAAACCACGCUGGGAAAGGAGCUGGCAUCCAGAGCUGGGCUGAGCUACAUCAACGUGGGGGACCUGGCCAAGGAAGGAGAGCUGUAUGAGGGCUUUGAUGAGGAGUACGAGUGCCCCAUUUUGGAUGAGGACAGGGUGAUCGAUGAGCUGGAGGACAGGAUGAGCGAGGGAGGGGUGAUUGUGGAUUACCACGGCUGCGACUUCUUCCCCGAGCGCUGGUUCCACAUCGUCUUUGUGCUUCGCACCGAGAACUCGUGCCUGUAUGACAGGCUGGAGAGCAGGGGCUACACGGGGAAGAAGCUGCAGGACAACAUUCAGUGUGAAAUUUUUCAGACUCUGUAUGAGGAAGCUGUGUUGUCAUAUAAAAGGGAAAUUGUACACCAGUUACCCAGCAACACUCCAGAGGACCUAGAGAGAAAUUUGGAUCAGAUUAUGCAAUGGAUUGAGCAAUGGAUGAAGGACAACAACUGACUUUUGGUGAAACAGUAACUGCUGGAUCUCUUCUUGGGAGGGAGGGUUUAAUAAGUGAUAUUCAUAAUUCUUGUAUCAUAAAUGAACGUGAGAUUUGCUGUAGCUGUCUGGGGGGUAGAGGAAAGUUCAGAGGAGCCAGCUUGUGAUGAUUUAUAACAACACCCUGAGAAGCAGCAGAACUGAUACAAGUGACUGAAAGGAUGGAAAUGAGGCAAUUGCCCUGAGUAGCAGAAAUUGUGUUCAGUAAUUGAGAAUUCUUUGGACCUUAAAAUCAAAACCAAAUCAUGAAUUCCCUGUAAGAAAACUCUAAAAUCCUGAUAACAAGUGGCAGUUGAGGCAAAUUUGAUUUCCAGAGGGUGGAACAGUAUCCAGGAAAGGAGAUGGUUUUAUGUAGAGUUGUGGAACCUGCAGUGCUCCACUGUGGGCUUGGGCAUGUGAGGGUAAUGCAGAGUGAGCGAGUUUGGUACAGGUUAAGCUGGGUCCUUUGCUUUGGAGGGAAAAGAAGUGAUGUGAGAGUUAUUUUGAAAUGAUUGCACAGAGUUUUGGAGGUUUGUUCCUGUUUAAGGAAACACUGGGUACGUGAGCACUGCUCUGGAGUGUUUAACAAUAAAGUUUAUUUUUCCUUUUU